CGUCGGGGGCGUACUCGCUUGGCAGCGAGUGGCGUGCCGUGGCGGAUUAAUCAAUCACUCCGGCUCUGUUCGUUGGUCUCCUUCGCGUCCAGUACUUAUCCAUCGCAGCUACCACUACUAGCCUAGCCUCCCGUGGUGCCAAGUUCCAAUUUGUGUUCGCUUUUCCCCUCAUUCUGUGCAGCAUCUUGUGACCCGGAUAAUAUCCGUUUCUGAGUUAGCUGUGUCUACUACCAGAUUGGUGAAUAUUGGGAUAGAAGAGGCAUCUUUUCCUUUGCGACUGAAUGCCGCGUAUCUGAUUGAUCUCCCGUAAUUUGAUGGACAGCCAUAAUUCUACGUCGCCCCAUGUUCCUGAAGUAACCAUGGACAUCUCAUCCGCUUCUGGAGCAGCUGGGAACAAAGCUUGCAGAGGUGCUGCUUGCGACUUCUCUGACGCCAGUAACACCUCGAAAGAUUCAAAGGAGAGGUCUGCAUCCAUGAAGAAGCUCCUAAUUGCUGUGAUCCUUUGUGUUAUAUUCAUGGCGGUUGAAGUGGUUGGAGGCAUCAAAGCAAACAGUCUUGCAAUCUUGACUGAUGCUGCCCAUCUCCUUUCGGAUGUUGCAGCCUUUGCCAUAUCUUUGUUCUCCCUAUGGGCAGCUGGUUGGGAAGCGACACCUCAGCAGUCAUAUGGAUUUUUCCGCAUAGAGAUUCUUGGGGCACUGGUUUCCAUUCAGCUUAUAUGGCUCCUCGCUGGCAUACUUGUCUACGAAGCUAUUAUGAGGCUCAUUAAUGAAAGCGGCGAGGUACAGGGCUCCCUCAUGUUUGCUGUAUCAGCUUUUGGUUUGUUUGUUAACAUCAUAAUGGCAGUGUUGCUUGGUCAUGACCAUGGGCACGGUGGACAUGGACACAGCCAUGGUCAUGGCCAUGGACAUUCACAUGACCACGAUCAUGGUAACUCAGAGGAUGACCAUUCCCAUCAUGGAGAUCAUGAGCAGGGGCAUGUACAUCACCAUGAGCACAGCCAUGGUACUUCUAUUACCGUUACAACUAAUCACCACUCUCAUUCGAGCACUGGACAACAUCAGGAUGUUGAGCAACCAUUGCUUAAACAUGAUGGUGAUUGUGAGAGUGCCCAGCCUGGAGCCAAGCCUGCUAAGAAGCCUCGCCGCAACAUCAAUGUUCACAGUGCCUAUCUGCAUGUAAUUGGGGACUCCAUCCAGAGCAUCGGCGUAAUGAUUGGAGGGGCUCUCAUCUGGUACAAGCCCGAAUGGAAGAUUAUUGAUCUCAUAUGCACCCUCAUCUUCUCUGUGAUUGUACUGUUCACCACAAUCAAGAUGAUUCGGAACAUACUUGAGGUCCUUAUGGAGAGCACGCCCCGCGAGAUCGACGCCACCAGGCUUGAAAGUGGUCUCCGUGAGAUGGAAGGUGUGAUUGCUGUCCAUGAGCUGCACAUCUGGGCUAUCACAGUGGGGAAGGUGCUCUUGGCAUGCCAUGUGACGAUCACGCAGGAUGCUGAUGCUGAUAAAAUGCUUGACAAGGUCAUUGGGUACAUCAAGGCAGAGUACAACAUCAGUCAUGUGACCAUUCAGAUUGAGCGAGAGUAAGGCACAUGUCAGGUAGUUGGGGAUAAAGGUGUGUGCCUGUUAACGGUCUGUCAUCUUAAUGCAGUUAAUGUUAGACUUGCACUUGCAAAGGCGUUGCAGGUUCAUCUAGCUGUUGCCUUUGGUGCUGGAGAAAUAUUAUAUGUACGCGUUUUCGUUAGCCCAUUAGUUGAAUGAACUAUUAAUCGGGUGGUCCUAGUCGUUUGUAUUCACAUGGAUGCAAUUUCCAGACAAAUUUUGAGCCCCUUGUGAGUUUAUCAACCUGCAUGUGUAGUUUCAGUGACACCCUUUCUUAGCACUCUAUGUAAAGAUCUGCUACGGUAUGGACAGUACUGGGUAUGGAUGUUUAUUCAGUUUCUGUUAGCUUUA